AUGUUCACCGCCACUUGUCUCGACACCGACUUACCCACCAUGUUUCCAACUUCCGGCCGCGAAGAUUUCUUCUUCUCAUCUUCCCGCCGCUGCAUAUGGGUCAACGGGCCCGUCAUCGUCGGCGCCGGGCCUUCCGGCCUUGCCGUCGGAUCCUGCCUGAAAAGAGAAGGCGUCCCUUUCAUCGUCCUCGAGCGGGCCAACUGCAUUGCCUCUCUGUGGCAAAACAGAACCUACGAUCGCCUCAAACUUCACCUCCCCAAGCAAUUCUGUCAGCUACCCAAUUUCCCUUUCCCCGAAGACUUUCCAGAGUACCCUUCCAAGUUCCAGUUCAUCACUUACCUGGAGGCCUACGCCAAGCAUUUCGAAAUCACCCCCAAUUUCAACGAGACCGUCCAAUCCGCCAAAUACGACGAGACGUUUGGACUGUGGCGGGUGAAGACCGUUUCCAACAGCGGGCCUAUUCCGAUGGAGCUCGAGUACAUCUGCCGGUGGCUGGUGGUGGCCACCGGAGAGAACGCUGAGAAAGUGGUGCCGGAGUUCCAAGGGUUGGAGAAAUUUUCCGGCCAUGUCAGCCACGCUUGCGACUACAAAUCCGGCGAGGGUUACCGCGGGAAGCGUGUUCUUGUCGUCGGGUGUGGGAAUUCCGGCAUGGAAGUGUCCCUCGAUCUAUGCAACCACAAUGCCAGCCCGACAAUGGUGGUCAGAAGCUCGGUUCAUGUAUUGCCAAGGGAGAUUUUCGGGAGAUCGACCUUCGAGCUGGCAGUAACCCUGAUGAAAUGGAUGUCUCUGAGGAUGGUGGACAGAGUACUUCUGGGUAUUGCCAGGCUGAUGCAGGGGAAUCUGGAGAAGUAUGGACUAAAAAGGCCCAGCCUUGGGCCAUUGGAGCUCAAGAACGUGGAAGGAAAGACUCCAGUUUUGGACAUUGGGGCGCUGGCGAAAGUGCGAUCUGGUGAGAUUAAGGUUGUCCCUGGGAUCAACAAGUUCAGCAGCGGGAAAGUGGAGCUUGUCGAUGGCCAGAUUCUGGAGAUCGAUUCCGUGAUUCUGGCAACUGGGUAUCGCAGCAAUGUUCCUUCAUGGCUUAAGGAGAAUGAUUUCUUCUCAGAAGAUGGGAUUCCAAAGGAUCCAUUCCCAAAUGGGUGGAAAGGGAAAGCAGGGCUGUAUGCAGUUGGGUUCACAAGGAAAGGGCUCUCAGGUGCAUCUCUGGAUGCCAUUAGUGUGGCAAUGGAUGUUGCCAAGAACUGGAAAGAAGAGACCAAACAGAAGAAGAAGACAAUGGCUGCCAAGCACAGGAGAUGCAUUUCCCAUUUCUGAGGAAAAAAAGCUUUUUUUUUUCCUUUUCUUCUUAUUUUAGAGCUUUUGGUGGUCAGUUGGAACAGGAUAGUUCCACAACCUCUCUUCUUUUUUUUACUUGUGUUAUGGGUGUAGAAAUAACUAUAGGGAAAAGAAAGGAAGAGCUGCAGCAGCUUAAGUAAUUAGCCCUCUCCUAAAGAAAAAGAAAAAAAGCCCAAGAAGUGCACAUAUUUUGGGCCCUCUGUUUUUCCUUUCCUUUUUUUAUGAACAAAGGAAGAUGAGGCUGGUUGGUUUUGCACCUU